AAGAGGGAUAAAGUUGCCAUAGCCACAGAGAGAGAGAGAAGGAGAGAGGUAGAGCUUCGUCCCUGUUCCUCAUUUUAUUUCUCUCCUUCCGAUUGGUGGUACCGCUUCGUUCUCUCCGUUGCCGCGCGUUUGGGUCGACGGCCGUGAUCCGGCAACUGCGUCGACGCCUUGAUUGCCGGCCGUUUGUCGCCUCCUCCGAGCGCUUGCGCUGCAUGCGCCGAUCGUGCCGGUUCGGAAGCCGCCGGAGAUGACGCGCAGGUGCUCCCACUGUAGCCACAACGGGCACAACUCGAGGACGUGCCCGUCGCGAGGGGUGAAGCUCUUCGGCGUCAGGCUCACCGAUGGAUCGUCGAUGAAGAAGAGCGCCAGCAUGGGCAAUCUUUCGCACUACACCAGCGGGGGGGCGUCGCCGGUGGGGAAUAAUCCCAGCUCCCCGUCCGAUCCGGCCGAGGAGCCUGCAGCCGGCGCAGGGGGCAGCGGAUACGCUUCAGAUGAUGCCUUGCACGCCUCGUGCUCUUCCAGCUGUCGUGAGAGAAAGAAAGGUACUCCCUGGACAGAAGAAGAACACAGGCUGUUCUUAAUGGGUCUACAGAAAUUGGGUAAGGGGGACUGGAGAGGAAUCUCCCGCAACUUUGUGACUUCAAGGACACCCACACAAGUAGCAAGCCAUGCUCAGAAGUACUUCAUCCGGCAGACCAAUUCAAGCAGGAGAAAGCGGAGAUCCAGCCUAUUUGACAUUGUGGCUGAUAUGUCAGUUGACCAACUCCCAGUAGCAGACAAACCACGCCUUGUGAGUUCCGCUAGUGCACCAUCAUUGGCAACUGAGACUGACAGUAGCCCACUCCCUUCGUUGGGUCUUGCUCUUGAUCAAGAAAAUGAUGCUGUUGAAACGAGUUCAAAAGAGCCUAUUGAUGUUGAAGAGCCUGUUGCUCCUUGCCCUCCGAUUCCAAUGAUGGUCCCUGCAUUUUUCACACCAUAUUGCCCAGUUCCGUUCCCAUUCUGGCCACCAUAUGCUAUUGUGCCCACAAAGGACUCUGAGCCCCAUCCAGUUUUGAAGCCAACAGCAGUACUGUCCAAGGAUCCUAUCAACGUCGACGAGCUCGUUGGCAUGUCAAAGCUGAGCUUGGGUGAAGCUUCUGGGCAGCCCGCGAAUCCCCUGGACUUGGCAGGAAAGCUAGGAGGACCAGAAAGGCAGUCAGCUUUUCAUCCAAAUCCACCAGUGAGCACAACAGGCUUGAAUCAGAACAAUGGAAGCGUGAUACAUGCACUUUAAGUUGCAGAUCAAGGUCUGGAGAUCCUUAGACCGUGUGUAUAUCGUGGAGGGAGGGACUCGAGGACUCGCAGGCAUGUCUUGCUGCUUGCCACCAGAAGAACAAUCUUAAAGUUGGUCCUGCCAUCAGUUUGAUUUGAAGGGUUCGGUUGUGGUUUGUGAGAAGCCUCAGUAGAACCAUUGCCAAAUGCUGCUGCCUGUUGAGCAGGUGGUAGGAGUCGGCUCAAAUGCUUGCAAGGUGGAGAUUGGGUCUUCAAACUUGUAAAUAUAUAAACAUUCUUGUGUUUGAUUUGAUGCCUGUAAUUUUCGUCUCUAGGUUAGAGUGUUGUGUUUGUCGGACAUGAAUAAAUGUUCCUUUCUGAA